UUCGGAAUUAAAAUUUUCGAAUUCCAUCAAUAGUCCAAAAUGGUAAAAGUAAUCAGUCAAGAAGUGUUUAAUGAAACUGUUAUUGAAAAUAAGGAAUUGCUCGAAUUAAAUGUUGAGGAAGCUAUUUUAGAAACCGUACAGCAGUUUAAGGCUCAGGAUGUAGAUCUCACAAAUAUAGUUAAGGAUCCUUUCAUUCUAGAUGACGAAAACCCAGUAGUUUUAAUGGUUAAAAAACUUCAAUCAACAAACAAUGAAAAUGAAAUCAAUUCAUGUGUAAAUGAGUUGCAAAUGUUAUGUGAAAGGGGAAUAGAAUAUAAACUUUUAUGUGGAAAGGAGCAAGUUUUUACAGUAUUGAUUGAUAAAUUAUUUUUGGACAUUCCUAUGCAAUUAAAGCAGAACAUCUUACAAUUUUUUACUGUUUUUCUUGAUGGUUACCCUGACAUUUUGGAUAAGCGUAGCUGCAAUUUAUUUCUUAAUAUGCUAGAAAGCAAUCCUGAGCUUCUAAAAAUUAUUGUACGAUUGAUUAAUAUAACAUGCUUAAAGCACGAACAUAACCGUCAGAUGUAUGUGGAGAACAAUAUUAUAUCUUGCAUUAAUAAUCUCAUUAGUAAUAAACCAUCUAGCGAAGUGCUUUCCUGUGUUUUGAACAUCAUACCAGCCCUAACCCGUGAUGAUGAUAUCCGAAGUGAAGUUUCGAAGAUGUACAUGCAUGCAUGUUCUCUUUCUAAUGAUUUAUUGAAACCUUUGUGCCGUCUUCUGAAAGCAGAAGAAAUUGAAGAGGAUUUAGUGGAAUCUUUGUUAAAUGCUUUAUCAUCGAUUGUUGUCAAUAAUGAUCAUUGUAUAACAGUUGAUUCUGAAGGAUGUGUUCCAGUUGUGCUGAAUUUAAUUAAGAAACAUAGUCAGAACAAGAAGAUAUUAGUAAAAUGUUUCACGUUUCUCUUUGUUCUCGCUGGUAAUGAUGACAUAUGUAAUAAACUAAUGAAAUUGGAUGUUGCAUCAGAGCUAUCAUUCGCCAUGAAUAAUUAUGUUAAUCUAAAGAGCAUUACUCUAGCAGCUCUAAAACUGACAUCAAGACUGUGUUUGAGAAAACCAAAUCAUGGUCAGAUAUUUUUUCAAAUUGAUUUUCCUACUUAUGUUAUUCAGGCCAUGAAAGUCUUUGAAAAAGAUGGCUCAGUUCAGGUUGCUGGCUGUUGGUGCAUAAGAAAUAUGACGUGCCGCAAUCACGAGUUUCGUAAAAACUUUUUAAAUUUGGGUGCUGAAGAAAUAAUAAAUAAAAUCCUUUCUGACUUUAAACAAUAUGAGCAAGAUGCUAAAUUUGCUUUGAUUGAGCUUGGAUGCUCAGUUAAGUUGAAUGAACCUUGGAUUGGAAAGGAAGGACAAAAAUUAAAAAAUUAAAAAUGAUUUUUCCUAUAAAUAUGAUUCUGUGAUAUAUAUUUUUUUUAAUGUGACAGUUAAUGUUUGUUUUAAUUUACUUUUAAUUUAGCUUGAACUGUUAACCUCUUCCCUGCUGUGAGUGAAAAGCUUUAUGUCUACCAAAGUGCAAAGUAAGCUGGCUACCCUUGUACCCGCCCAAGCUACAUUCUUUUUACUUGCUUUCUACCCUUCAUUACCGUCUCUUACUACUAUCAACUAACCUUAUUUUAUUGUUUCUAUUCUCCUUUUUGAUUCGGACUGUGGACGGACACUGGCGGAGUUAAAACCUUUUUUAUUGUAUUUUUUUUAAUAUUUUUAAAUAUUUAUUUAAUAAUUUAAUGUUGUAUGGUAUUCUUCGAAAAAUUUGCCAUUACAAAGAAAAACCUUACGAUUGCGACAUUAUACCACGGUUUUGCGCCGAAUAUUUUUGUUAUAUUAUAUUUAUUUCGGCAGUAAUAAUGAAUUCGGCUGCUUCUGCAGCACUAAACCUCUGUUUUUUCCAUUUCAAAGAAAAUAAUAAAGCAAAAAACAGUAAAAAAUAUACUAACUUUUACCUAAAAUAAUUAAUUCUAUAUGACCACGUUACUAACUCAGCUAAUCUUAUUUGAUCUAAUUUCUAAUUAAAAUAACUAGACCAAACUAAAUGACAUUUUUAUAAACUCAGAGCAGUUGAACACAUGGUUGUCACCCAUAAGGGUUCAUGAAUUCUACAAAAAAAGCUCCAAAAUAAAGCCUCAUGCCAUCUGUAGGCUCUAGUUAAAAAUUUUAUUUUAUUAGGAAACCAGUAGAAUGUUGCAAGGUCACAGUGGCUGUACUCAACAUUAGCUAAUGGAAGGAAAAGCAGUGAAACAUCUAUAGCCGACAUUGGCACGUGCAGUUGCAGCGGCUAUUGCCGUCAUUAGCAGUUAAGGGGUUAACAUGUUUUUUUUAUGUUUUUUAACAGAUAGUUUUUAUUCCAUAUUUUUUAAUUUUUUAUACUAUGAAGAAUUUAGCAUUAAACUUUAUUUAUUAA